UUGAAAAAAUAGCCGUUAUCGUCGAUACCGAUACAUCGGUACAUCUCUAGUACGAAGUGGGGUGCAAAUAAGAAUACCUUACUCACAGUAUGUAGGGCGAUAAUAAAACCAGUUAUCGAGUAUGGCAUGGAAGCAAUUUAUUUUACAUCUCCGACUAUAUUGCGGAAACUGGCCGUAAUCCAAUCACAAUGUUUACGCAUUUGCUUGGGUGCAUUAAAAAGUACUCCUAUUUUAGCUUUACAAUCCCAGUGUAACGGAAUGCCUUUACAUAUUAUACAUUAUAGAAAAUGUCUACAUUACAAAUGCAGAAUGAUCCCUCAUGACAGCGAAAUUACAACACAAUUAUUUAAACAGUCGUGGGAAGAAUAUUUUCCUGACAAACCAUCAUUUGCAACGUUUAAUAUGAAAACAACCAACGGCUUUUUUACCACUUCCGCCACUUUCCGUCUCAGAAGCAAAAUCAUAUUUUAAUACAUUGACUCGAGAAAAAUGGAAUACGGAAUAUGUUAAUAGUGAAUCAACAAGUCAUUAUAAAAGAUUUCAUCCUACCACGAUGUCACGAAUAGAAAACGAAACUUUGUCACUUUUUGUGUGAAAAUGUCUGACAAAAACAGCCAACUCAUUGUCGUUCUUGGGUUCUUUCUAACCGUGAUUGUUUGUCAUUGGAGUUUUACUUCGUUGUCGAAUAGAACUAGACAAGUCUACGUUACACAUUACGACGUGGAACACCAUGUGAAACAAAGUAAUAUGGAUAAUAUUCAACAAGAAAUUCAAACCAUUACUAUGAAGUUGCUUAGGAACUUGACAAUGGAAAAUUACCGAAAAACAUUAUUUUCUGACACGGAAAUAGGAGAAUGCGAUUUGCUCAUUGAAAGGCGUUGCUACAUCACAGUGGUUUACUUGGAAACAGUACCAUAUUCUCGAGCGGUAUCGAUUUGCCAGGAUAAAAAUUCAAGCGUCGCUCAAAUACCCGACGAAAUUACUUACAACAGCGUUGUGAAAAAUAUUCGUUCGAAAAUACCGGAUGACUGGAUUUCUACAUCAGUUUGGAUUAAAGGUCCACUUAAUGAAAAGAUCAAACACUUGGCAGGUGAUUAUUCAAAUUCUAAUGAAUGGCAGGAGAAUCAGCCAAUCGAGUCUAUAUCAAGUUGGCCAAACUUUUAUCUAGUGGUUGGUCGAGAUCCAGGCUCCAAAGAACAGGGUAUGCGAUCCGGAUUUGCUUUAUCCGCUCUACGAGGAGUCGUAUGCGAACGAUGAACAUUUUUGUAAGGCUUACUAAAAGCAUAGAAAAGAAAAAUAUUGCAAAAAAACAUUCCCUUCAUCAGCGCAUAAUUGUCGAAAAAUAAUCAACUUCGAAGCAGAAACCAACGAAAAGAGCAUAUUUGGCAUGACAUCAGUUUAAUUUAAGCUUUCCAGUCCAAGUGGAUUUUUUUACAGUUAUAACCAAAUUAUUGCCCAUUUCUUCGAUACUGUUGAGUCUCUGACACCACUUGCUUUUGCCAUCCUUUAUCCAUCCAAAUAUCGCAUUCGCAUGUUUCGCUUCAAUGUAUCUUUAAUUUAUAUUAUUGCAAACAUCUAGAAAUCAUUUAUGUAUACGCAAGAAAUGCAGUUAUAUAUUAAUAAUAAAUUAAUAAAC